UUCCUUUUGUGCGAUCUUUUCCAUUGUUUUGUUCGCAAGAUAAAUCCAAACACAUUAUUUGUCUUUAUUGGUCAGAUUAUCCAUUAUUCGUUUCCCUUAUCUGUUCAGGUGAAGCUGCUCCUGAUUCCAAAACUAGACUUGGGCAUUUCUCUUUUGAAUUCUGGCUAUUGGGUACUGGUUUUUGUAUUCAAUUUCAUGGAAAUAAAUGUGGGUUCUCGACCGUGAUUGAUUUUAUCUUUGAUGAGAGAAGCAUCUGUUCAAAAGCUUCUUUCUUUUCCGCAUUGACAUCAAUAUGUGGUGAUUUGAAUAUGUUUUAAUGCCUAAAAGGAGUUGGCCCUAUAGACAGACGGUAUCAGUUAGAUUCAUGAUUUUUUGUUAGAUUGAGGAGCUGAUAAAUGGCUAAUCACAGACGAUAGCAUAGAGAUUCAUGGUUUUGGUGACAUUGGAGGAUGGAGAUGUCUACCCAGCAAGCGAAUUCUGACUCCAACAAUGUAUCCGGAUCAGGAUGUUGCCUUUAUGAUCUAUUAUAUUCAGAGACACCAAGUCGGAGAUGGGAUCGUCAGAAAAUUUCUGUUAUUUGUUCACUGAAUGCUGGUGCUUGUCAACAUAUUCUCUAUGGCCCACGAGGACGAUUAGAAAAUCUUUUGCAUCAUUCCGGGAAUAGUUUUUGUGCAGAUUGUGGAUCUCCAGAUCCAAAAUGGGUAUCUUUAAGCCACGGAGUAUUUAUUUGUAUCAAGUGUUCCGGUGUUCACAGAAGUUUAGGAGUUCAUAUCUCAAAGGUCCUAUCGGUUAAGCUAGAUGAGUGGACAGAUGAACAAGUAAAUGCUCUGAUAGAUUUGGGUGGCAAUACAGUGGCGAACAAAAAGUAUGAAGCUUUCGUUCCAGAAAAAGUCAGAAAGCCCAAACCAGAUUCUUCUGCAGACGAGCGGACUGAUUUCAUUAGGAGAAAAUACGAGCAGCUAGAAUUCUUGAACCACCCUGAACAAAGUAUGAGCUGCCCCUUCCCAGGUCAUAAAAGGGCAACAUCCUCCUGUAGUAGUUCCUCAAGCUCCAACUCUCUUAAAGAUAAGAGACACUAUGACAAACAACCAACCAGAAACCGCAUUGGCCAUGCAUUCCGUAACAGCUGGGGAAGAAAAGAUGCCGAGCACAAGAACACCAAGAAGAGCAAUUCAUCGGCAGGUAUGGUUGAAUUUAUUGGAUUGGUUAAGGUCAAUGUGGUGAAGGGCACCAAUCUUGCAGUUCGAGACGUGAUGACCAGCGAUCCAUAUGUCAUUCUUGCACUGGGUCACCAAUCGGUGAAGACGCGAGUCAUAAAGAAUAACUUGAAUCCUGUCUGGAAUGAAAGUCUAAUGUUGUCGAUUCCAGAUUAUAUUCCCCCUCUAAAAGUACUUGUUUAUGAUAAGGAUACGUUCUCGACGGAUGAUUUUAUGGGGGAAGCUGAGAUUGACAUUCAACCCCUAGUUGCAGCUGCCAGAGCUUAUGAGAGAUCCGAUAUCAACGAAUCGAUGCAGCUAGGGAAGUGGGUUGCAAGCAAGGAUAACACACUAGUUAAAGAUGGUAUAAUUACCCUCAUAGAUGGGACUGUGAAACAAGAGAUCAGUCUUAGGCUACAAAAUGUUGAAAGGGGAGUGCUAGAGAUUGAGCUUGAAUGUGUUCCUAUUACUCAAUAACUGUGUAGCAGCAUAGAGAGCUUGUGAAAAGAUAACUUAUUGAACAAGUAUCAACUACAUAAAGAGGAACCUUCUUGCCCUGCACAGUCUCAGAUGGUUUGUAAGUAGUCCUUUUUUCUGGUAUGAACUGAUUGUCAAGGGAAUUGGAGUGGAGUUCCAAUGAAAAUUUGUGGAUUUCUUGUCAAAAAAAACCAGAUAGCUACACUUUUCAAACCUUCAUGGCAUCAAGCCUUUAAUUUUUUUUAUUUACUCUUCCUCCA